CUCAUUUUCAAUGCUGACCUGGCCAAGAAGGCAGCAACAUAGCUUGCAUAUUUUCUUCUUACUUGCGCACCUGUGUGUUAUCAGCCUUCAAGAGGUAUUUGUCUAUGUGUUGGCCCUACCCUUUAUUUUAUUUGUUGUCUUAGCGGCUAGUCUUGGAUACUUUGACUUUAGACUUUUUAAAGUUGGGACGUGAGAAGUAAUGCAGCAAGAUUCUUGUUCUGGCAUCAACUGCAGCAACAUAAGUGGAAUUUCUCAAAAACAAAAUGGCUCGAUCAGCUUGUGCAUCGGAACUCAGGAUUGCAAUAUUUGGAAAAGAUCCAAAUGAAAAGACAACACUAAGUAACUUCAUUACUGGAAAAAAAGACAGUUCUUCAAAAAUGUCAAAGCAAUUAAACGUCCAAGGAGAAUGGAGGAAAAAACCUUUCAAAGUUCUGAAAAAUGCAGACGUCUUCAGUCAGCCUGUAGAUAAAGUUAAACACGGGUUAAAGACAUGUGUGUUUAAUUGCCCCCCUGGACCAAAUGUUCUGCUACUGUUAGUGAACCCUUCUGAUUUUACUGAGGAGGAUAGGCAACAAAUCAAGUUCUUCAUGAACUUCUUUGGACCAGAUGCUUUUAAAUACGCAAUGGUUAUCAUAACACACAAUUGUGGGCUAGGGAAUCCUUCAGUUAAUCAACUCAUCCAAGACUGUGAACAAAGGCAACAUAUAAUGGACUUUGAUGAAGAUGAUUUUCCUGAGUAUGAUCACCAAGAACUGAUGGAGAAAAUGGAGAACAUAGUGGAUGAAAACAGGGGACAAUUUUUAACCUACACUGAAGACACAGGUCCCGUGGGAGCACCUGAAUGCACGAAACCACCUCUAAACCUGGUUUUGUGUGGGAGACAUGGAGGCUGGAAGGCUUCAGCAUCCAAUGCUCUUCUGGGAGAAAGAAAGUUUGGUCCACAUGUUGAAUCAUCAGAGUGUGUUAAAAGGCAGGUUACCCUGGUGGAGCUGCCUGCCUUGUCUGGAAAACCUCAGGAGGCAAGAAAGAAAGAAGCAUUGGAGAGCAUCUCCCUCUGUGAUCCUGAGGGCGUCCAUUGCUUUGUCCUGGUCCUGCCUUUAGAACCCCCAAGUGAGGAAGACAAGAAAGAGCUAGAGACCAUCCGAAACACGUUCAGCGAUAGGAUCAAUGAUUUUACCAUGAUUCUUUUCCUUUCUGAUGCAAAUAAUAAUAAUGUUAGGAGGUUUCUAAACGAAAACAGAGACAUCCAACAACUCCUUCUGACCUUUGGUGGGAAAUAUACUUUCUGCAACAUUAAGAACAAGCAGUCAGUGUCUGAGGUUUUACUUUCUUUGGAAAAUAUGAGAGCUGUUGGAUCCAGUGGCUUCACAAAAGGGAUGCUUCCUAAGCUUGUAAGACGUGCAACAAAUGCGGAGCAAUAUAAAAGUCCCAGUAACUUUCAAAGGAUGACUCCGAAUAGAGCAUCUGUUGCAAUAGGGACACAUGGAGAAUUGUUCAAGCAGGUUCAGGAGAAACAGCCUCCCAAGCCUCCAAUUGUGCAGCAUAGACACAGGACUCGUGCAGACUGUCUCAGGAUGAUGCUGAUUGGGAAAACUGGCUGUGGAAAAAGUGCCACUGGGAACACUAUUUUGGGCAAAGAAUGCUUUACUUCGAAGAUUGCUCAAAAGUCAGUAACCAAGCAUUGCCAAAAAGGAACAGGAGAGAUUGACGGGCGCUCUGUCGCUGUGGUCGACACCCCCGGUUUGUUCGACACAGCUCUGUCAGAUGAUGAAGUUCAACGUGAGUUUGUGAAAUGCAUCAGCAUGAUGUCUCCUGGACCUCAUGUGUUCUUACUGGUGCUGCGGAUCGGCCGAUUUACACAAGAGGAAAAGGACACUGUGGAACUGAUCAAGGGUUUUUUUGGCAAGCAAGCAGAAGAUUUCAUCAUUGUUUUAUUCACCAGAGGUGAUGAACUUGAAGACCAGAGAAUUGAGAGUUACAUACAAGAAGAUGAAGAUAACUCCUUAACAAGACUGAUAACUGAAUGCGGAGAAAGAUACCAUGUCUUCAAUAACAAAGAUCGACAGAAUCGUACUCAAGUCAGCCAACUCCUGACCAAAGUUGAGUCAAUGAUAAGGAAAAAUGGCGAGGGCUACUACACCUCAGAUUUGUGGGACCUAGGAAGAAAACAUCAAGAAGAAAUGCCAGAAAAGGAAAGAAACUUAAAAAAGGAAAAAUCGAAACUGGAUCAAGAAAUAGAGAGAGUCAAAGAAAAGGAGAUAGAGAUGGAGCAGAGGAAGAGGACAUUCGAAAGGGAAAGGAGAGAAGAGCAGGAAAGGAGCAAGAAAAUGCAAGAGGAAUUCAAAAAACUGUGGAAGCAAAAGCUUAAAUCUCUGGAAAAAAAAGAUCUCAAAGUCUACGAAGAAAAAAUUGCCCGAGAGGAAGAAAACAAGGACGAACAAUAUCAGGAAGGUGAUAUAAUCGGAAGUGAAUAUGAGGACAUUGAGGAAAAAGGAAGGCAAGAAAUAAUGAAGAAAAAUGAAGACAAAACAUUCAGAAAGGUGCUUGAUGACAAGAAAGAAAAGGAAAUGGAGGAUCUGAAGCAGCAACAAUACAACAAUGACGUGAUGAUUAUGCUGCUUAGUAGGAACAAAGUUUACGGGAGAGACCUAAAGAAAUUGAAGAAAAAACAAGAAGAAGAAAUGAAUGAGUUGAAGUUGAAACAUGUUUUGCACAACAGAGAACAUAAACAAAUCAGUGACCUAGAGAAAACACAUGAAAGGCAAUUAAAUAACUGGAUAGAGGAACAUUUCAAGAAAGCAGUCAAAGACAAGGGAUGUAACAUUUUAUGAGAUGUUUUUGCAAUGCUCCUCCAUUGGCAUACCUGACACAGACAAGACAGGCAGACAAAUACAGCUGUAAAACACAAAUAAAAUGGCACAUUAGCCAGUCAAUAUGCGAAGUAAAACAAAAUAUUAAAAAUGGCAACAUUUUAAACGAUUUUUUGGAUAUACGAGCAUAUGUUCUACUUAAUAUCAAGAGCUCUAUUCUAAAAACCUGUACUCAUGUCCGUAACCCUUGCAUUGUUCUAGACCCCACUCUCUCCAUACUCUGCGCUUUUACCACAACAUGAAAACUGCCUUCUUGCACUCAAGCAACAUUGCCCGUAUCCAACCCUUUAUGUCCUUCACAGCUGAAACUGAGAGCUAUGCAUUCAUUACAUCCAGACUUGAUGCAACAGCAUUCGAUGUUUUACCUGCUUACAUUCUAAAAAAACUAAAUGAUAUCCAAAUCUCUACUGCCUGCAUUCUCAGUUCCAACCGCUGUUCUUUUCCCCUAUCCUCCAUGACCUCCACUGGCUGCCGAUCAUAUACAGGAUUGACUCUAAAAUAUUACUCACAGCAAAGCCAUCAACAACCUUGCCUGUGGCUAAAAAUUGAUGCAUCAAGAUCACAUAUAUUUUUUUGUUACACUAGGAAUGUCUAUUUGUUAGCUCACAAAGUAAAUAUUUUUGUGUUAUUCUUUUGUUCAGUCAUGUUUAUAAUAACAGACAGUUCUUACUGCUUUCACUUCAAUAUAUGAAAGUAUACAUCCCUUAUUUACUCAUUUAUAAUGUGGAUUCUCCGCACAAUGUGUUUUUUUAUUGAUUAUGUUGCGUUGUUUUUGUGCUAUUUUGUUUUUUUGAUUUGUGUUUUGUGUACGGCGACCUUGAGAGCCUUGAAAGGCGCCUUUAUAAAUAAAAUGGAUUAUGAUUAUUAUUAUUAAUAUGCAAAUAUACUGUUUUGUUACCUGUACACACUUUAACAUCAGGGAAAAUGUUUCAUAAAUAUUUGAAUUGUAACAUUUGUUUUCCAAGAGCUGAUGCACAAACAUCUAUAAGCAUGUUUUACAAAGUACUAUGAUGUUGUUCGGAUUUUACUACACAAUAUUUGAAAAUGAUUUCUUAUUACAUUUACAGAGGGUAAUGAAUACUUACUAAUGUGGUGUACAUAAAUGUGGCAGAGCUGCAGCUUACUUGUUGAAUAAUUGGAUUACAUUUGCUGCACUUAUUUUUUAAUAUCCGCUGCCACUGUUGCCUAUUCUUUGGGUAAAAACACAGGUUUUUUUUUAGGUGUCAUAUUUCAUUAUAAAGGUUUAUUGUCUUUAAGUGCGUGCCGGGUAUAUGAACAUACUG